GGGGCGUGGCGGGGGGUUUGAAACGCAACUUUGAGAAGUCGGGACCGGAUGGUAACAGAUCCACAAGAAAAGCCUGACCUCGAAAAGUAAGCGAGCUCUCGGAGCUUGGGAGGCACCUCUCCCCCGCUUUCUCCGCCAGGACCCUCCGUCGAGCCUGCGCUGGGGCCUCCACUCCGAGGAACCAAGGCAGUCAGAAGUCAAAGGUCUUCCCAUCCUCCCACCCUCGUGGGCAGCUGGCCGGCCGAGCCGUGAGGAUGGGCUCGGCCAAGAGCGUCCCGGCCACCCCGGCCCGCCCUGCGCCGUGCAACAAGCAUCUGGCGCACGUAACAGACCCUCGUUCUCCCAGCGCAGGCAUUCUGCGCACCCCCAUCCAGAUCACAGGAGAAGAGACAGAGAAGGUGGUGGCCACUCCAGUCCUGAGAACUGGCCUAGGUUCUAUGUCAUAUUGGCAGGUGGAGAGCUCACCACAACUAAGUCCCUCUGCCAUGGAACAGCAGCAGAAAGUGGGGACCAAGGAUAUGGAGCAACCUCAGGGCUCAGAUCCCCGCUCUCCCACAUUUGGCAUUAUCCGAACACCCAUGAAAACCAGCACAGUAGACCCUGCAAACCAGCUGGUAAAGCAGCUUAGUGAGGCCUUUGGGGCUGAAGCCUCUAAGCUGGAGCAUUCCAGUGAGCUGGCCCUACCUGUGAAGUUUUCAUCACAGCCCGAGCUGGACUUGUCUCUGGAUACUCCACUAUCCCUCGAGCGCAAGAAACUACCAGCCUCCCUGAGCCAAACUGAGGUUUCCCGACAACAGGCAAACACUACAGAAGUAACAGAACAGCCUCCAGCACUUCGAAUGACCAGCCAGGACCCUGACAAGUUCUUAAGAGGUCCUGAGACUCCUUGUUCCUCAGGUUCUAGGCUCCCUAGAAGGAAACCUGCUGGCAAUAUCCUAGGAAGAUCACCCCUCACCAUCCUGCAGGAUGAUAAUUCCCCUGGUCCCCUGAUGCCUCGGGAGAGUAAACGGUCCACAGUGCUGAGUGAAAAUGUGGGAGAAUGGAAAGAAGGAGCUAUUCUGGGAACCGGACACCCUCUGAAGAUCACAGGACGGGCCUGGGAUCAGGGUCAUAACAAAGAGAACCAGCAUUGUCCCUUUGUUGAGAACUAGAACCUAAUUCUCUCUACUCCUGGAUUUUACUGCUUCAUUUUAUCUUCUCCCUUAAUAACCCAGAGAUGGGCCCAUUCAUUCAUCUUGCCUCCCCACAAACUGAGAUAAUCCGCUCUGAAGAAGAAAGCAUGCCUUGUCAACCAUUAUCUCCCUACUCCCCUUAUCUCUGAGUUCCAGAUAAUUCCCUCAUCCCCACUUGUACAGUGUGUAUUUGAUGUAUGUAUGAUUUCCUUUAUAUUAAAGAAAAUGUUUAAAAACUUAAAA